AGUCCAAGUCCAAGUCGAUAUCAAACAAUUAUUAUUACCACACUCAAUCCAGCAUCGUAUCUACCCAAUUCAAGUUACCACCAAGUCGCUCAUCAAUCCCAGUUAUCACUCUUCAAUUAAUUUUAUUGGCCUAUAGGGAAUCGAUUCCUUUCCCACAACCAACAACAACACCCAAGUGGUAUCCCCGGGAAAGGAAAGAGACAAGCAAAAGAAGCCCUACAAGCUUAGCAAGAACCUAAAAUUGGCACCAGAUCUACCACUACUACGACUAUUUUUUUUCUCUGGGAAAAACAUUCUGGAUAUUUCUAUAGCUUGCACAAAAAAUUGAUUUGUUUUUGCCAGCACGUCAAUUAUUUCACAGAUCGUUGCAGAUAAUUACUCAUUUAAAGGAAGAGAAGAAAUAACGGGGGGAAAUACUUCAUUGUCUUUUUUUUUUAUAUGGACUUGUUGUUUCUUUGCAAUUUCACUCUUCUAGAAACAAACCCAUCUUUCGAACUUUCGAACAUUCAGCACAAGUCUCUCAGUGGCCUCUUCCAACGGAAAACUUGCGAAACCCCGCUGGCCUGCAUCGUCUCAGCCAUUCAAAUCCUCCGUCCAUCCUGGAUUCAUCCCGGUUCUCACUAAACAUUUUAUUUCUCCAUUCCAACUGCGACAAAUUUCCCAAAGAAUUUCUGGGUUUGGCGGAUUCCUUACCUGGCCUUGUUGCUCUCAAAUCUUUUUUAUUUUAUUUUAUGAAAUUCAUUGAUUCACUCAGGAAACUUCCUUCUUUUUAUUUGUGCUCUCCCAAUCACCCUCCAAUCACACUUACAUAUCAUUAAAACAAAUAGCUCUCGCCUACAUAAAACCACGCGCACUGUAGCUUGAGCUCGAACCCGACCAAUUUACGAAACCCAAUCGCCAAUAUUCCGUCCAAAUUAUUUUGUCUCGCCCUCAUAUUGUUGCUUAUCAUAGCUUCGAGGAUUGAGGGUCGGCUCACCGAGUUCGAAAGUGGAACAAAAGAAAUAAAUUUUGUCAAGAUGGCAUCUUCCAAAGUGAUUACCUUGUUUCCCUUAUUACAUACCAACCCAUCUAUUUAUAGGAACACCGCUGAUCAUUCUCAUCUUUCUCACAGGAAAUUCAGCAUUCCUCAAGACCUGGCCAAGUCCGUCUUCCAUUGUCUACAAAUUCGAGUUCCUAUCCACGACAAUCACAUUCAAGAAAUCAUUCUCAUUCAGUAUCGGGAGGUUCCCUUAUACCAAGCAGCAGAGUAACUCGACGUAAAAGUGUAUCUGCGAACGUUAGUAAUGUCGAGGCAAUCCUAGCUGCUGCGAAGGAGGUCGGUGAUAAUCCUUUGGCAAUGCCAAUCUCUACACGAAGAGCAACAAUGUCUAAAAAUGCCUCGAGGUCCGGACCGAUGGGCAGCUUACCGUCUCCACCAUCGAGUCUGCCAACUCAUAGAAUGAGGUUGAAUUCGGCGGUGAAGUCAGAGCGUGGAGAGAGUGCAAUUGACGACGAUAACAAUGACGAGGAAAUGGAGGACGAAGACGAUGAUUUUACAAAGAGCAGAUUGAGGAGAUCAAGCGAAGGAUCACAACUUUUGAAGGACGGCAAGAAGGCUAAUGCCAAUGAUCUCAAGUGUGACAAGUGUGGAAAAGGAUACAAGCACAGCAGCUGCUUGUCUAAGCAUUUGUUCGUGCCCACCAUCCUUUCCUAUCUUCCUCCACAUGGGCUUUAUCGCGGAAGCUUUCUACGAUGGAGUGUUUAUGAACCGUUAUUAACUUUUUGUUUGCAGAUGGGAACAUACACCUGAAUGGUCUUACACCUCAAAAUUGUUAAUUUCAAAGCAUCAACAAGUACAACUGCUAGAAGCCGCCUCUGUCCUUGUAGGAAUGAACCAAGAUGCUGCUAACACUCCACCGGAUUCUGCAAAGGACUUUCAAAGUGACGAUCAGGAUUCUGCAUCCCCGGGGGCAUCUAGCUCAGUUGAUCAUGAGAUUGAUCGUGCCAGCUCUGCGGAUACGACACCACCACCUGCAGAUAUGCGGCACGCAUACGGUGGUGGUUCGUACAACAGAUCAAAGAGAUACACUGGAGAUAGUGAUCGGUACAUAAUGUCGGGCAGGCUACUUUACGGUGGUAGCGUUCCAGCCGGAUUCGGUCAUUCUCGCCAUCAAAGUCAUGAGCGUCGCCCACCCUCCUCUGGCAUGAAUGAGAAUCAAGAGGAGGAAGGAUUGACUGCAGCCAUCCACGCACUUUCGUGCGGCUUUGCAAGUCCCGGAACACCUCGAAGUGGUCCACUCAUUCCAGCUGAUGCUCCUCCCGUCCCUGAAAUUCCAGCUGAAUAUUUGAAUGAUCUCUCGACUAGUUUCACUCCUAGCCUUCACCCACGGCAGAGGGAAAGUUUUGCCCGAGAAAGCUAUACGAGAGGCAGCUAUGACCCACAUCAGAUCCAUGGGGAUGGAGAUGGAGAUGUUCAUAUGGAGGAUGGCGAUGAUAGUGUUGGAGAUGAGGAAGAUUAUGAUCAGCGAUCCAGAGGUCGUUCUGAUGAUGACGAUGAUGGCGUUUUUGGACAUAUGGAGGAAUGACCGUCAGCGACUUUGAAUGUGUCAAUUGAAGCAGCUCUUCAAUUGAUCAUUGUGAUAUUUUUCCUUUUCUUCUCCUGUAGUAGCAACAUAAUAUGUGUAUGCAGUGAGCAAAGUCUCCACCGUCGAUUCUCAGCACCAAUGGGUGGAUGUUUGAUCCACUGAGGUUAAAACUGAGGAUCGAGCUGAUAUACCACAGCAAUAUAAAACAAAUGAUAUCAAUGUAACAAAAUUCGAUUAUGAGAUAGACAAACGACUGGGUUCAAAGC